AUGCCCGUGACCUUCGAGGAGGUGGCUGUGUAUUUCACCAAGGGGGAAUGGGCGCUGUUGGACCUGGGUCAGAGAGCCCUGUACAGGGACGUCAUGCAGGAGAAUUACAGGAAUGUGACCUCACUGGGUUUUCCAAUUCCCAAGCCCAGCGUGAUCUCCCAGCUGGACCAAGCGGAAGAGCCGUGGGUCCUUUAUCUCCAGGGGUCCCAGGCUAGAGAGAUCCAGAGAAACAUCCCCAGAGGUGAUGAAAUCUUAAGUGAAAGCAACAAAGAGAAUCCUUAUUCAGAAAGUCCUGAGCGAAUGGAAGCAAAGGGGUCGUUGCUGGGAAGGUGUGAAGGGGAUGAUUCCCAGAUUUCUGGGCAGGGACAAGCCCAAGAAACUCAGUGCAGGCCAGAGAAGCAGCAGGGAAACCCACCAGGGAAGACACUGGGUGAAUCCACUCACAGCGUGGGAGGUUUGGAGGAUUGUAAUGAGGCCAUGACCCAGCCGAGAACCUGCACUAAGGAGAAGUGGUUCGAAUGUGCUGAGUGCUGGAGAAGCUUCAAGUGCAGUUCAAACCUUAUAAGACACCAGAGGGUCCACACAGGCGACAGACCCUACAACUGCCCUGAGUGCAGAAAAAGCUUCAAUUGUAAAUCCCACCUUAUUAGACAUCAGAGAUCUCACACGGGAGAGACCCCCUAUAACUGCCCUGAGUGUGGGAAACAAUUCAAUGACCACUCCAACCUUAUUAGACAUCAGCGAACCCACACAGGAGAGAAACCCUAUAAGUGCACUGACUGCAGGAAAAGCUUCAGGGACAGCUCAGGCCUUCUUGCACAUCAGAGGGUCCACACAGGAGAGAAAUGCCAUAAAUGCCCGGACUGUGGAGAAACCUUCACUCAGCGCUCGCAUGUGACUAGACAUCGGAGGAUUCACACGGGCGAGAGACCCUAUGGAUGCCCCGAUUGUGGAGAAAGUUUCUCUUGCACCUCCGACCUUAUUGUACAUGAGAGAGUCCACACUGGAGAGAAACCCUAUAGCUGCCCUGACUGUGGGAAAAGCUUCAGCCAGAGCCCUAACCUCAUUGUCCACCGGAGAAUCCACAUGGGAGAGAGACCUUAUAACUGCCCUGACUGCAGGAAAAGUUUCAGUCGUAAAUCUAACCUCAUUAGACAUCAGAGAAUGCACACGGGUGAGUGCCCCUAUGAAUGUUCCGUGUGUGGGAAAAGGUACAAGGCCAAGAUCUCUCUGAUAUUUCACCUGAAACGUCUCAUAGACUAG